UUUCUCCUUCCCUCACCCCUCACAGCCCCGGCUUCGAGAACGCCCUCUCAGCUCCCUGCGGACUGACUUCCGGUUUGCUCGCGCGGCCUCGGAGCCCAGCCUGAGGACCGCAGGAGUUCCACUUCCGGCCGUUCACUGCUCGUCUUCCCUUCCAGUCCCCCUCGACAGCGCUUCCCUUCCGCGGAACGCGACAUGGCCAUCAGCCGGUGCGGACGCUGACGAGGCGGGCGCCGGUGGGCCUGGGUCUCGCGCGCGUGUUGCUGGGUAACGGGCCUUCUUCGGCAGCCGCUCGGCUUCUCUUCGGCUUGUCCCUCCUUCCACAACCUCCGGAGCUCCAGUCGACGGGCCGCGCUGCGCCGCUUGCGGCGCAGCGGAGGCUAAACAAAUGGGAAUUCCUCCGCGGCGUUCCCGGAGCGGCUGCCUUCUCUGGGGAAGCGGCGGUGUCUUCGAGGAAACCGGAAGCCCGUGGUGACCUCUGGCGACCCGGUUUGUUUUCCGUCCGUUUCCAAACACUGGGGAAUCGAAACUCGGCGGCCCUGGGGGCGGCCCUACGUAGCCUGUCUUCGGGCUGUCAUGGAUGCACUGGUAGAAGAUGAUAUCUGCAUUCUGAAUCAUGAAAAAGCACAUAGGAGAGACACAGUGACUCCAGUCUCAAUAUAUUCAGGAGAUGAAUCUGUUGCUUCACAUUUUGCCCUUGUCACUGCAUAUGAAGACAUCAAAAAACGACUUAAGGAUUCAGAGAAAGAGAACUCUUUCUUAAAGAAAAGAAUAAGAUUUUUGGAAGAAAAGCUUAUAGGAGCUCGAUUAGAUGAAGAAACAAGUUCUGUGGGACGAGAACAAGUAAAUAAAGCCUAUCAUGCAUAUCGAGAGGUUUGCAUUGAUAGAGAUAAUUUGAAAAGCAAAUUGGAUAAAAUGAAUAAAGACAACUCUGAAUCUUUGAAAGUAUUGAAUGAACAGCUACAAUCUAAAGAAGUAGAACUCCUCCAGCUAAGGACAGAGGUGGAAACUCAGCAGGUGAUGAGGAAUUUAAAUCCACCUUCAUCAAACUGGGAGGUGGAAAAGUUGAGCUGUGACCUGAAGAUCCAUGGUUUGGAACAAGAGCUGGAACUGAUGAGGAAAGAAUGUAGUGACCUCAAAAUACAGCUACAAAAAGCCAAACAAACGGAUCCAUCUCAGGAAGACAAUCUGAAGAGCAGUGAUCUCCAAAGACUGAGCAUUUCAAGUGAUAAUAUGCAAAAUGCAUACUGGGAACUGAAGAGAGAAAUGUCUAAUUUACAUUUGGUGACUCAAGUACAAGCUGAACUACUAAGAAAACUGAAAACCCCAACUACAAUCAAGAAAGCCUGUGCCCCAGUAGGAUGUAUGGAAGACCUUGGGAGAGACAGCACAAAACUGCACUUGGCGAAUUUUACUGCAACAUACAAAAGACAUUCCCCCCUCUCACCAAAUGGCAAAACUGUUUGCCAUACCACAUCUUCCCCUUUACCCGGAGAUAUAAAGGUUUUAUCAGAGAAAGCAAUUCUCCAAUCAUGGACAGAUAAUGAGCGAUCCAUUCUUCAUGAUGGUACUAACUUUCAGGAACACAACUCUUAUGGCAGAAAUUCUCUGGAAGAUAAUUCUUGGGUAUUCCCAAGCCCUCCUAAAUCAAGUGAGACAGCAUUUGGGGAAACUAAAAAUAAAACUUUGCCUUUACCCAACCUGCCACCACUGCAUUACUUGGAUCAACAUAAUCAAAACUGUCUUUAUAAGAAUUAAUUCUGAAGAGAUUCAUGAUCUGGUCAUGAGGUUACUGUAUCUCCCUCAGUGACACUCUCAAAAAUUAUUUAACAAACUGAAAGCAGAUUUUGAUUAAACUUUUGCAGAGUUCUUCGGUAUAUACAUUUGCGCAUACUGUUCCACAUUAUGUAGCUGAUUUUCCAGUAUGAAAGAGGACCCUCCAGCUCCAUGUUCCAGCUAAGAAUCAGACAUAUGCUACUUAUUAAUAAACUUACGGUGUUUCAAAGAGACAGUUCUACCUUUGAUAGUAAUUAUAAAUAACAGCCUCUCACAUAAAGAAUGGAAUUAAAAUUUCUUAGACAUGGUUUUAUAAAGCAUGUGAAAUGCCUAAAUAUCCAUUCAUAAAAAUAAGAGGCCAUUAAUAUCUUAGAAAAAUUGUAAGUUGCUUUGAGUUGCAAACAAGAGCAAAUGGCAAAAUGAAUAGGUUAUGUUUCUAUUGACUUUAUAUUGCAUAAAGAUGAAGAGUGUUAUAGUUGAAUAGUAGUUAUCUCUUACAGGUUAUUCCAUCUCCAUAUGCUUAUUGUGUUUCAAAGUUUAAGACUUAAAAAAUUUUUUUUUAAUCACAGUGUUAAUACUUGAAAUAACCUGAUCAUUGAAGCCAACUUUGUCCUGUACAUCCCUCAACUCCUAACUGAAAAAAGUAAUGAAAUAGUUGAAAAACUAUGUGGUGUGUAAACUAUUAUAAUUCUGUAGUAGUCAAUGAGAAGUAGAAAGAGCACCACAAAGGUUUCAGUCUAAAUCUGUGCCUUCAGUGGUCCAUAAUGAAAAUCUAAGUAUGUAACUGGAUCAGGUAAUUUUCUUCAAAGAGUCUAUACCUGCUUGUUAAUGUAGAGCAACUUAUAAAUUGUUAGUUUUUUUGAAAUGUAACAUUUUACUCAUUGAGCUAGUGAUUUUUUCAUUAACCAAAUUAGGAAUUAUAAUUCUGUAAACCAAAUUCUGUGCUGUAUUGAUAUAGUACAAUCAUGAAAUGUCCCGACUUUUUGAUUCUAAGUGGCCUAUCAUUUAUAAACAAGGAUAUAACAAGGAUGGCUUCACACGGAAAUCUAUCUAAAUUCUUGCAGGGUGGUAGUAUUAACAUAUUAGUAAUAUAAUGUAUUAGUUGGCUUACACAUCUUUUGCCUGAGAUAAAGUGUUUCAUGUACGAGGCCUUUAUCCUUUUUGAUAGACAGUUUCAAAUACCUUGAACUCAAAAGAAUAUCUCAGAUCUCUUCUAUAUUAACUGAACAGCAUACAUACAUAAACAAUGUUCACUGUUCACCAGAUAUUUUUGUCUUUCUAUUAUCUUACUCACUUAUUCAAGCUUGUCUGUGAUUAAUGGAAUUGGUGUCAGAUGCUGGAAUUUAUUCUGACCAAUGAACACAGCUGACUCUAGGGAGUACAAUCUCCUGCCAAGUAAUAGAACAAAACCCAAUAUGCAUAAAACAAAUACAAGACUCCAGGCUUUAGCUAAAGGAAGCAACUACCUGUGUAAUAACAAAGCAGCAGAAACUAUUUCUCAUGUGGCUGCAUAGGCUAUAUAUUCUAUCUAAUCUCUAAUGUAGCUUACUGGUUUGCCUUUUUUUAAACCAAGGUUGGAAACUUUCCUUUGUAAAGAAGUAGUAUGAGAUAAUGGCUUGAUUAAUGUUUUGAACAAUGCCAAGAAACUGUUUAAUUAAAAUAAAUUAUUUUUGUUUGAAAUUGAAGAGAAUGUGAAAUACUGUCCUUGCCUAUAUAUUCCAAGGUCAGGUACUAAUUGUUAGUUGUUCAUUUGAUACAUGUUAACAGGCAUUUGUCUUGUUAAACCAGUUCUUUUAAGUGGAAAAAACGUUGUUCCAUCUGACCAAGAGGGUGGCUAUCAAACAGGUAUGCUAGAAAUCAGUGGUUGUAUGUUCUUUACAGUGUAAAGUGCUAAAUAAAUGAUGUGUAGGACUCUGGUAAAGAUUAACCAAAACUCUUUCACCCAGCCACAAAUUUAAAAAUGUGUGCUUUAUGAUCAUCUCCGUUGUACGUAAGAUUCAAAGAGAAAAGAGAAUGGCCCAUCUG